AUGGGGAGGAGGAAAAGCGUCCUUUACUUCUACGAUGACAACAUCGGCAAUUUCCAUUAUGGGCCAUCGCACCCGAUGAAGCCCCACAGAGUGCGGAUGACGCACGACUUGAUUCAGUGCUACGGCCUCCUUGGAAGAAUGGACAUGGCGAAACCGCUGCGUCCCGCCGUCGAGGAACUGACCCGGUUCCACGCGAACGACUACGUCGACUUCCUCCGCUCAUCCGCCCAGUCGCGUCUCGAGGCUUCUCUGUCUCCUCGUCCUUUUCUCUUCUUUUCUCCCUCGCCGGCUGCCACGCGGUCCACGCUGCGGGCCUCGCCUCCACCGCGGUCGGAGACCGCUCCGGCAUCGAGAGCCUCUUCCAGCGCAGGCGCGCCCUCCAGCGUCUCCGUCGCCGACGCUCAGAGCAGCUCCGGCCCGCGAAGUCGCUUGAGUCUUCCGCACCAACUCACGCGCUCUGCGACCCGGCCAGUGCCGUCCGACGCUGCGGCGCCGCGGGAGACGGCCACGGGUGCGUUGGGCUCCACCGCGAGGGGCCGGGCGUCUCCGGCGUCGGCGCUUGGCGCCCCAGCAGGGGUGCCGACGAACCGGCCCAUCGACCUCGGAGCGGGCGGUUGGAGCCGAGAGGGCGGCGAGAAGCAGGCCGUGAAGGCGGCCGGCGAGGGGGCGGCCGGCGCGGCGCGCGGGCCCGUUGGGCUCCAAGGCCUGGGCGCGGGCGAGGAGGCAGACGGGACGGGACGGCAGUCUCCGGCGUGGGGUCCCGGAGGCUCCGGCGCGUGGCCGCCCCCACGGAAGGGCGAAGACACCAAUGGGUUGCUCACGUCGGCCGCUUUCGACGAGGUGGAGGCGCCUCCGAUGCCCGUCUCGUCGUCGUAUGCUGACCAGAUGGCCCGAUUCAACGUCGGCGAAGACUGUCCCGUGUUUGACGGGUUGUGGGAAUACUGUCAGACGUACAGCGGCGGCAGCAUAGAGGGAGCGCGCCGCGUUGUGAACGGCGAGUACGACUGGGCAAUCAACUGGGCCGGCGGUCUCCACCACGGGAAGAAGCACGAAGCGAGUGGUUUUUGCUACAUCAACGACUGCGUUUUGGCGGCUCUCGAGUUUCUGCGCUUCAAACACCGCGUCCUGUACGUCGACGUCGACAUUCACCAUGGCGACGGCGUCGAAGAGGCCUUCUACACCUCUCCCAGAGUCAUGUGCUGUUCCUUCCACAAGUACGGCGAUUACUUUCCGGGAACCGGCGCGCUGGACGACGUUGGAAUCGACGAGGGUCUCGGCUACUCAGUCAACGUGCCGCUGAGCGACGGCAUCGACGACGCCAUGUACACGCGGCUCUUUCGACAGGUUAUGGACAUGGUGAUAGACACAUACCGACCGGAGGCCGUCGUCCUCCAGUGCGGCGCGGACUCGCUCUCAGGCGACCGCCUCGGCUGCUUCAACCUCUCCAUCGAAGGCCAUAGCGAAGCGGUGCGGUACUUUCGCAGCAAAAACAUUCCAGCGGUUUUCCUUGGCGGCGGGGGGUACACGCUGCGCAAUGUCCCUCGGUGCUGGGCGACGGAGACUGGCCACGUUCUUGGCGUGUCGCUGAAUCCCAAUAUCCCAGAAGAGAGCGAAUACGUCGGCUACUACGGCCCAGACUCAACACUUCACGUGCGGACCUCGAACAUGGAAAAUCGGAAUGAAGAAGGCUACAUUCAACACGUCGUGCAAAAAAUAUCGCAGACGCUCAAGGACCACGUUCGUCCUGUCGGCGCUCAGAUCAGCGCCAACUUUUCCUUGGACGAAAGCGUCAUGGAUAAGGGCGAGCGAAUUCGGGCACUCCUCGCCGACAAAGAGGAAGAGAAAGCGAUGGACUCGAGUGGAGACGGCGAGGAGGCGGAUGGUGUGGGGCUCUUCGAGGACGUCUCAAACAGGAAUCGUGGAUAG